AUGGAGCGAUCCGGGCCGUCCUAUCGAGCCCGCAGCGACCCUGGCCGUCCGAUCGGAAUUGCCAUGCCACCGCCUGGCGCCUACAGCGUCGUCCUCUCCUCGUCUCCUCACUUCCCCCCGCUCCUCGUUCCCCUAACCCUAGCCCAUUCUCCACGCCGCCGCCGCCGCCUCCCGUCCCCUGGCGCCGCCGCCUCCCCCUUCUCAUCUCGAUGCUCGAGUCUUGGAGAGCAGCCGACGGCGGUGGAUAAGGAGAUCCAGCGGGAGCCACUGCUGUCGCGUCUUCUCCUACUCCAGCGCAUCAUCCCCCAAUCUCCCGUGCUCGCCCUCCGUCCCGUUCCCCUGCCUGGCGGCGCUCCCUACCGCCGUCGCUACGUCUUCUCCUCCCCGACCAUCGACCUCAGGCCGCCGCUCCGUCACCCAUCCCCAUCGCACCCCUCCUCGAGCAGCAGGCCAGGCGGCAGCCAGACCAUGGCUGCCGCGGUUCGUCCGGAUCCGCGCCCUCCCCAGUUGCUCGCUCACCAGGAGAAGAGGAGGUGGCAGCCACUACUGCCGUUGUCGUGCGACCACAGCUCCUCUGCCCCGACCCCGUCAAGCUCCUCCGCAUCCUCUCCCCGUCGCGGUGCAGCUCGGACAAACUGAUCGGGAGGGGAUGGAGGAGCUGGACAUGGACGUAGAGAAGGCGGCCAGAUCCGAGUUCGUCCACCCCUACUGCUACGAGGACCGUGACUCGCAUCCUUGUGUUGGCACCUCGAUGAGGAGCACCCCUUCGAGCCUAACACCAUG